AUGAAAAAUGUUUCACAACUCAGCAUCAUCUUCCGUGACAAAUUACAUAAUCUCCAUGAAGACUCUGUCGAAAAUUCCGAUGUCGUCGAGAAAAAACCAUCUGAUUCAUCUUCAGACAACAACAACAUUGAUCGAUCCACCAGCUGGUUUGCUUCUACGUCAUCAUCUUCGUUCCAAAUGCCUCUUAAUUACCCUAACUACACAAAACAAGAGUACGAGAUUAUGUCAGAGGAAGAACUUGAUCGGCUUCUUAAACUAUAUGGUUUGCCUAUAGAUCUUGGUGAUUUAUCUUGCAAAAUACAAUUUGUAAUUGGUGCAUUCUUGUGGGAGAAGGAGAUAAGUUCUUCUAUGGCUGAUGAGCAUGAUUCAGUAAACCCUAAUUCGUCAAUUGGUGGUGAUUUGGAUGAGAGCUCGUUGAUAGGAUUGAUGACGGUUAUGAUGAGAGAUAUGGUUCACUUUAUAUUCCGUGUGUAG